AUGGCCUUCGGCUUCGGAGGCGCUAGUAACGCCAUGAUGGGUGCUUCCGCCGGUGGGGGCCUCGGAUUUCUUUCUAUUUCCGCCGAUGCCAAAGUCCAGCUGACCUCGAAAUGGUCCCCUCCACCUGCGCCCACAGCGUCGCUCAUGAGCAUCGCCUCGCGCAAAGGCCUGGUCGCUGCCGCGGGGCCCGAUGCUAUUCAUAUCGCCACUACCGAGUCGGUACGGAAAGCCUUCGAGGACGAGAAGAGUGGCGACAGUGAAGUGCGACCGUUCAACCCCCAGGCUAAGGUGCCGUUUCCGAUUCGGAUCUCUCAGCUUGCCUUCACCGCCGACGAAAAAUACUUAAUUCUCUCCGCCGAGCAGGGCGGCGGCCUAGCAGUGUACGACAUUCAGGCGCUCACCCAGGGCGGCACACAACCCUCUUUCGAGCUCAGCACCAACCAGGAGACUCUCCGGGCUCUAGUCCCCAACCCAAUGCCCGAGUCGGCUGGGCUUUGCGCGACCGUCACAAACAAUGGGAACCUUUUUAUGGCGAACUUGGCCGAGCGCAAGCUGGUUUCGGGAUCGAGCGGGCCAACCUUGCGCUCACAAGUCAGUUGUACGGCAUGGAGCACCAAGGGCAAGCAAUUGGUUGCUGGCAUGGCGGAUGGAUCCAUCUCACAAAUGACUCCUGACGGUGUUGAGAAGGCCCAUAUCCCAAAGCCGCCAGGCUUGGACGACUAUCAUGAUUCGUCCGUUUUUCACCUCAUCACCCGGCAACAACCCCCGGGCGGAACCCCUACAUUCACCUUUCAAAAGCUCACCGACCCUGUCGAGCCCUUUGUGUCAGACAAGGCUCCUCACCACACCGUCCUAAGGCUGAGGGACUUCCCUCCGAAUCUCCAGGACCUUCUUCUCGUGACCUCGACCGCCACUGAAGGGGUCGGCAUUCUGUCACGAUCCAAGAGUCCCUUGACGACCGAUAAACCCGCUGAUGCGAUCACCAAUGUUUUCACGACGACAGAACUUGCGGACGAUUCUAGGCGCGCGCAAGUGCCCAUGAGUGAGGACAUGACCGAAACAUACCCGGUCGGAGCUGCGCUUGACCUAUCAGGCAAGGACAAGGUAUACAAGCCGAUUCCAACUGACGAAGAAAUCGAGCUCUCUCCUGGCCCGCUCCCGGGUCUGUGGGUGCUCAACAACGAAGGUGUCCUAGCAGCAUGGUGGCUCGUUUACAACGAGUCCAUCCGUGGAGGGACGAUGUACCCUGGGAUCGGCGGUGGUGAUACCGCUGCUCCAACUCUCGCGGCGCCAGCGCCAGCGGCUGCUGUUCCCUCGGCAUUUGCUUCCCCUGCUAGCAAAACUACGGCCUUUGGAACACCGUCCACUGCUGCGUCCGCUUUCGGGGGUACAUCUACUCUAGGGACCAAGGCAUCUUCCUGGUCGGCAGGCGGAGCUGCGUCUACAACCCCAGCAUUUGGUUCCAGUUCCUUCGGUAGUAAACCAGCCGCGGCGGCGCCCGGUGCCCCCGCUUUUGGCGCAUCUUCUUUCGGGAGUAAGCCAGCAGCUCCCGCCUUCGGUCAAUCAUCCGGCUUCGGUAUGGGGGCCAAGGUCUCCCCUUGGGCGACGGGAUCAACCAGUGGCGCGGCACCCGCGUUUGGCAAAAGCGCAUUCCCCAGCUCUGGGGCAAGCCCUGGUAAAGUCUUUGGCAGCGGCGCCGCGGCGCCCACGAGUGGUGGGUUCGCUACAUUCGCCGACAAGGGCGGUUUUGCAGGCCUAGGUGGUGGCUCGGGUGGGUCGAGCAUCUUCGGAUCCAAGCCUGGUGCUCCCUUGACUUCGAGUGCCCCCGAGGUCUCUAUGGAUACUGACACAGCCUUUCCGCCUCCGUCUGCCAAAACUGAUAAGCCCGCGCUUGGAACUUCACCUUUCGUCCUCGGAACCACCUUCAAGGCUGAUAAGUCUACGGCCAAUGAUAAUGAGAAGCCCAAGGAGGGUGCAGGCAAGUCCCUGUUUGGGAGUGGAUUCGGGCUUUCACUGGAUGAUUCGUCCAAAAAGCCGGCUGUCGCUGUCUCCAAAGAUAUGGAUAUGGAGAGCACCACGCCGCCUCCCGUCGAAGAGAAGCCCAAGUCGAUCUUUAGCCCGCAGUCCACCACCCCAACGAGCACACCGGCCCCCCAGAGGAUUGACUUUAGAAGCGCAGCACCAGCCGGUGGGUCUAAUCUUUUCGGCUCCAAGCUCCCUACCUCCAGCGGCAUGUCCAAUAUCUUUGGAGCCCCUAAACCGGCCACUUCAAUUUUUGGCACGCCAAAGGUCAAGCAGGAGGACAAGGACAAGGCAGAUUUGUCCAAGAUUCCGGAGGCGCCUCUCCCGCCCGAUGCUACUAGUAAGGCGGCCUAUUAUUUGAGUUCUUCAUCGUCGGGAUCGGAAAACUCACCUACAACAGUCUCCAAACCGUCGGCCAAAGCAGAGGAUGCACCCCUACCGCCCGAUUUCUUGGGCAAACCUGCGCAGAGGGAAUCUGUGCCGGAAGCUGCGCCGUUACCUCCGGACUCCAUUUUCGCCAAACCCAAGCCCGAACCAAAGAAAACAACGCCCCCGGUUACUGACGACGCGCCCUUGCCCCCCGAUUUCCUCGCCAAGCCACCGCCGAAACAAGCCCCUGCCUUGCCCGCCGUGCCUGAUAGCGCCAGUGACCACGACCUAUCCGAGGAGGAGGAAAAAGAGGGCGAAGUGGAAGAGGAGGAAGAAGAGGGCGAAGUGGAAGAGGAGGAAGAAGAGGGCGAAGUGGAAGAGGAGGGAGAGGAGGGGGGAGAGGAAGAGGAGGAAGGCGAGUAUGAGUCAGAAGCUGCCAGUGAAGGCAGCGGCGUCGAUGUUGCUAAGGACCUCAGCCCGACGAUAGGGUUUAGCGGUCAAACACCCGGAGCUACACCGCACACAGAACAAACGCGACCGUUAUUUGGCGAGAUUAGCAGAAACGCGCCUCCCUUAUUCCCCAAGCCGGCCGUGCCGCAGAGCCCUCGUUCGCCGAGCCCGAUACGAGGCCAGCAACGCAGCAGCCUUCUCAGGCCCAGCGAACCUGGCCGGUCCUUCAGCUCCCCAGGGGUGGCAUCGCAACUUCUGGGUAGAAAACCCGUGGCAUGGCAGACAACGCAAGGUUACAGCACCGGUCAACGCCCUCAAGUGGAUCCGAAUGUACAAGCACAGCGGAAGCUCGCAGAAAAGAUGAGGGCAGAAGAGCAGGUGCUCGUUGACCCCCAAGAUGAGGGUAUCCAGCAGAUUCUGCAAUCAAAGCUCGAGCCAACCCUCCAGAUACACGAACUCUUUACGGUCCAAUCCCAGUUGGAGCCGCUGAACCCGAGCCGUGAACAAGUACCCGCCGCGUGCGAAGCGCUCUGGAGAGACAUCAACCGCAUGAUCGACGUCCUCGGCUUCAACUCACGAUCACUGCAGUCAUUCUUCUUCGGCUACAGCACACAAUUUAAGCAGGGGGGCCGAAGUACGGCAGAUCUCGAGAACUCGGACGACUGGGUGCUUGUCGAGGUCGGGAGGUUCGGCGCCUUACUCAACGACGAGCCAGCACGUGGCGCGAGGGGCGGCGUCCUAGACGUCGAAGGCGUUGAAGAUGCGAUCAAGGGUUUCGCCAAGGAUCUCGCCAAGCUCCGGCGCGAGGAGGAAGACAUGCGCAAGAUCAUCGUGCCCGCACUUUCUCCCAAGCUCUUCGUCGAAACGGAAGAAGCCCUCACAAUGCUCCGCACCCCGCAUCGUCUUCGGCGGCAUGCGGAGAAGCGCAGCGGCGACGUCGACGUCCUCGAGAGCCAGAUGCGCCGUCUGCGCAUGGGCUCUGUCGGCCCCACCACCCCCGGCGGCCCCCGCAGCCGCGAGGGCUCCCCCUUUGCCACCCCACAACAACAACAUCAGCGUAGGUCGCUGAUGCUGUCGUCGCCCGAAAAGGACGGCGGCAGCCGCAUGCUGCGCGAGUCGAUGGCCAGCUCGAUCGCGUCAUAUGGCGGGAGGGGCGGCACGCCGUCGUCGUCGUCGCUGGCGUCGCCCAGGAAGAAGACGAGCAUGUACAGCCAGGAGGAGAAGGCCGAGUUGCGCGAGCGCGAGGCCAGGAGGAGGGGCGUUCUGCAGUUGCUGAGGAAGAGCUUGGCAAAGGCGGGGCCGAAUGACUCGAGGUUGAGGGAUGAUGAUUGA